GCUCUAUCUCGCUCUCUGUCCGGGCAGAGGUCCCGUGUGUGCGCGGCUCCGGACGGGCCUUUAGUCCGUGCGCUCCCGACACCGUCAUUUUAAAAUGGCGCCAAAGAUUAACCAGUGGAUCUGUGGCGGAGCUGCGUCUCCGUCCCGCCGGGUUAGCUGACCCUCCUCACCGCCCUCCUCCGCACCUUCCACCCGCGGGUCAACCCUCGGACUCCAGUGCCCUGAGGCCGGAGCUCUGCAGACCGACGACAAUGAAGAGAAGCAGAAACCCCAGCAGCAGCGAUGACUCUGACAAUGAAAGUAACUCUACCUGCUGGUCCCAGCAUUCAUCACAGCCGAGGAGGGGCACCGGACAGAAACCCUCCGAGGUUUUCAGGACCGACCUGAUCACGGCCAUGAAGGUUCACGACUCGUACCAGCUGACCACAGAGGAGUACUACGUCCUCGCCGACCAGUGGAGGCAGGAGUGGGAGAAGGGCGUCCAGGUCCCCGUCAGCCCCCAGUCCAUCCCGGAGCCCGUCGCCAGGACGCUGACAGAGAAAGGGAAGGAGGUCAUGUUUGUGAAGCCAAAGAAGCUCAUCCGGACGUCGGGCGCCGAGGCGUUGGGCUACGUCGACAUCCGGACACUGGCUGAAGGGAUGUGCCGCUACGACCUGAACGAGGAAGACGUGGCCUGGCUGCAGAUCAUCAACGAGGAGUUUGCAGAGAUGGCGAUGCCUCUGCUGGACGAGAUCACCAUGGAGCGGGUGAUAGAGGAGUUUGAGCACCGCUGCCACGAAAACAUGACGCACGCCACGGAGACGGAGGAGGGUUUGGGCAUCGAGUACGACGAGGACGUGGUGUGUGACGUGUGCCGGUCGCCUGACGGGGAGGACAACAACGAGAUGGUGUUCUGCGACAAGUGCAACAUCUGCGUCCACCAGGCGUGUUACGGCAUCCAGAAAGUCCCGAAGGGCAGCUGGCUGUGCCGGAUCUGUGCCCUCGGCAUCCUGCCCAAAUGUCAGCUGUGUCCCAAGAAGGGUGGAGCCAUGAAACCGACCCGAAGUGGAACCAAGUGGGUCCACGUCAGCUGUGCCUUGUGGAUUCCAGAGGUGAGCAUCGGGAAUCCAGAGAAGAUGGAGCCGAUCACCAACGUGUCCCACAUCCCCAGCAACAGAUGGGCUCUGAUCUGCUGCCUGUGCAAAGAGAAGAGAGGAGCGUGUAUUCAGUGCUCAGCUAAAAACUGCCGGACUGCCUUCCACGUGACGUGCGGCCUCCACGCCAGCCUUCAAAUGAACACCAUCCUCACUGAGGACGACGAGGUCAAGUUCAAGUCGUACUGCCCCAAACACUCUGGGAUCGAGGGCGUAGAGUCCAGAGACGGAGACUCGGGAGACGAGGAGGAGAAGGUGUGUGUCAGAGACAAGAAGGGCAGGAGGAGAGGCAGGGUGAGAGGGGAGGAAGACGCCGCCGCCUCCUCCUCCUCUUUGUCGUCCUACGUGGCGCCUCAGCUCGUGGACAGAGCGUCCAGCGACGCGGAGGCUCUGAGCAGCCGCCAGCUGGAGAAUCGAGUCAACCUGCGCAAGCUGAAACUGCAGGAGAUGGAGGAGGAGUUCUACCAGUUUGUGGAGGUGGAGGAGGUGGCCAGUCACCUGAAGCUGCUGCCGGAGGUGGUGGACUUCCUCUACCAGUACUGGAAGCUGAAGCGCAAAGCCAACUUCAACCAGCCGCUCCUCACGCCCAAGAAGGACGAGGAGGAGAGCCUGGCACGCCGCGAGCAGGAGGUGCUGCUGCGACGCCUGCAGCUCUUCACGCACCUCCGCCAGGACCUGGAGAGGGUUCGUAACCUGACCUACAUGGUGACUCGGAGGGAGAAGAUGAAGCGCUCGCUGUGGAGAGUCCAGGAGCAGAUCUUCCAGCACCAGGUCAAGCUGCUCGACCACGAGCUGCUCACAGGAGAUCCUUCAGCGAAGGACCUGGAGGAGCUCUUCUCUCUGAGCUGGUUGAACUCUCAGGGCUCCAAGUCUCGCUCCUCCUGGAGCCACGCUGGACUCAAAACCAAACGAGGCUCUUUGAAGCAGGAGAGAAGGAAAAGCACCGACAGGAGGAGCUUCUCUGACUCACCACACGUUCACAAGAAGGAGAAUCUGAGCAAACCGCCGGAGACGAAGGACGUUAAGAGUUCCAGAGUCAAAGAGGCUGCAGGCGACGGCCAAAUCCAAAACUCUGAGAUCAGUCCGGAGUUUCUUUUCCCAAAGCUCAAGAAGUCAGAGGUCGUUCAGGAGGCGAUCGCUCUCAAGCUGCACAAACCUGAGAGCAGGAAAGCUCCCAGGAGAGAGGCCACGGGGAUCGAACCCGAGACACUGACCAGAGGGAGACGAGACAACGACCACGAGCAGGAGGAGAGGAGGAGGAAGAGGAGGAGCGAGGUGGAAGAGAACGUCUCCAGUCAGGUCAAGAACAAGUUCGGGGCAAAACAUCUGGAGAAAACCGUUUCCAUCCGGCUGGUGGACAUCAGGAGCUCCGACGCCGACGACUACUUCAUAGACGAAGGAUUGACCAGGAGAAGCCCCGCCUCUCUGGAUGUGACAACCAACACUAAGUUUCACAGAGCCGCCGUCGGGUCCGACGCCAAAACCAACGUGUGGCUGAGGAGAACCCCGGCGAGCGGCUCCCACUCGUCCCACGGGUCUGUCAGCCACAUCCGAGGCUGGGGGAAGUUCAGGAUCCCGAAAAGGAGCGAGCGACCUCUGACGAUGAAGGAGGAGGCGGAGCAACGCAAGCCGCUGCUGAGGCCGCUGACCAACACGCCGGAGCCGCCGUACGCCAGAACACGACUCCGCACGGGGACGGAGAGCGACGGCUACGCCUCCGACUCCAAACCGAGCGACGGCGAGGUGGAGCCCUGUUUGAAACGAUGCCACUCCCACCAGCUGAGGGGCGACUCGUCUCUCAGCCGCCGCUACGGCUCUGACAUCAUCCGGCGAGGCGUGCUGGCGUCCUGAUGGAGGAGAGACACUCUGAGAAUAAGCUGCACUGUGUUGGUGGGAAGAGAACGACGGUCGCUCUUUGUACCUUUAUUUUUCUCGAUGAAUCCUAAAAUGCCUAGAAUAAAAACAGAGCUGAUAUUUAUUUUUUAUUUGUAAAAUAUGUAAAACUGG